AUGAGUGGAAGAUUUGUUCGUGCAUCCAAAUAUCGUCAUGUAUUUGGACAACCUGCUAAAAGAGAACUAUGCUAUGACAACAUCAAAGUUACAACUAAUGCUUGGGAUUCAAACAUCAUAAAAGCAAAUGGUAAAUACAUUUCAGUCAACUGGAACUCUUCUGGUGGUGGUGCAUUUGCUGUUAUCCCAGUUGAAGAAGUUGGUAAAGCACCUGAUAAAGUUCCAUUAUUCAGAGGACAUACUGCUGCAGUUUUGGAUACUGAUUUCAAUCCAUUCAACGAUAACAUUAUCAUAUCAGGUUCUGAUGAUGCCAAAAUCGGUAUUUGGAAAAUCCCAGAAGAUUAUUCAUUCCAUAAUUAUGUUGAUGAAAAGGAUGAAAUAAAAGACAUUUCACCAGUUGCUUUAUAUUCCGGUCAUAAAAGAAAAGUUGGUCAUGUUCAAUUCCAUCCUAUUGCAGAAAACGUUGCAGCUUCAUCUUCUGGGGAUUACACUGUUAAACUCUGGGAUGUUGAAAAUGGUAAAGACAAGAUCACACUUACUCAUAAAGAUCUUGUUACUUCAUUUUCUUUCAACUACAAUGGUAACUUGUUAGCAACAACUUCUCGUGAUCGUAAACUACGUGUUUGGGAUAUAAGAUCAAAUGAAAUCGUUAGUGAAGGUCCAGGACACACUGGUGCUAAGAAUUCAAGAGCUGUCUGGUUAGGAAACUCAGAUCGUAUCGGUACCACUGGGUUCUCACGUUUAUCUGAUCGUCAAUUAGGUGUUUGGGAUGCAACUAACAUUAGUGCAGGGCCAAUUGGUGGGUUCUACACUGUUGAUUCAUCUGCCGGUAUCAUGGUUCCAUUUUAUGAUGACUCAAACAAGAUAUUGUAUGUUGGUGGUAAAGGUGAUGGUAACAUUCGUUACUUUGAAUUCCAAGAUGAUGAAUUGUUCCCACUUUCUGAAUAUCAAUCAACAGAACCUCAAAGAGGGUUAGCUGUUGCACCAAAGAGAACUGUUAAUGUUGCUGAUAAUGAAGUUGUCAAAGUUUAUAAAACUGUCAAUGAUUCUAUAAUUGAACCAAUUUCAUUUAUUGUUCCAAGAAAAUCCGAUAAUUUCCAAGAUGAUAUUUAUCCAGAUGCACCAUCUUCAAAACCAGCAUUGUCAGCUGAAGAAUGGUUUGGUGGUAAAUCAGUUGACGGCCCAAUUUUAUUCUCUCUUGAAUCAGUUUAUGAUGGGACUGAACCAUCUUUCAAAGCUGCUGAAGCAGCACCACCAUCAACUUCAGGUUCUUCAAAGAAAGAAGAACCAAAACCAAAAGAAGAAUCAAAACCAGUUGAAAAGGAGAUUAAACCAGAAGUCUCAAAACCAAAAGAAGAAACCAAACCAACAUCAAAAGAAGAAUCCAAAGUUUCUACUCCGGUUCAUUCCUCACCAAAAGGUAGUGUUGAUGAUCUUUUGAAAAAUAAUGAAGUUAAUUCAUUAUUGAAAAAAGCUGCUGAUUUAGAUGAUGAUAAUGAUAGUAAAGCUGAACCUAAAGAUUCUGAAUGGGAUGAUGAUGAUAAGAAACCAAAAACUUUUGAAGUUAAAGCUGAAGCAUCUCCAAAAGUUGAACCGAAAGUUGAACCAAAGGAGGAAAAAGCUAAAGAGGAUCCAAAACCAGAGCCAAAAGUUGAACCAAAAGCUGAAUCAAAAGUUGAGCCAAAAGUUGAGUUAAAACCUGAACCAAAAAUUGAAUCAAAAGAGGUCAAAUCUGAGCCAAAGGAAACAACACCACAACCUGAAACCAAAAAAGACGCUUCCUCUCCAGCAAAGACACAAACUUUAAAAGGUUCAAUUGAAAAAAUCAAUCAAGUUGCAGAUAAUCUUGAAAGGGUUGUUGAGAAAUUAGUUGCUGCUAAUUUAGAUAAAGAUGAAAGAAUCAAAGCACUUGAAGCGAAAGUUCAAGAACUUAUUGACAAAAAAUAG